AUGUCAGGAACAGCAGCAGCAGGGAACGGGAAGGGUUACGAUUCCAUCAUGAAAAUCUUAUUGAUCGGUGAUUCAGGUGUCGGUAAGUCAUGUCUUUUGGUUCGUUUCGUAGAAGAUAAAUUUAACCCUUCCUUUAUUACAACAAUUGGUAUUGAUUUCAAGAUUAAGACUGUGGAUAUCAACGGCAAAAAGGUGAAAUUACAAUUAUGGGAUACUGCCGGCCAAGAAAGAUUUAGAACUAUUACUACAGCAUACUAUCGUGGUGCUAUGGGUAUUAUCCUGGUAUAUGAUGUCACUGACGAAAGGACAUUUUCAAACGUUAAGCAAUGGUUCAAGACUGUCAAUGAACAUGCAAAUGACGAAGCACAAUUGUUACUAGUGGGUAAUAAGAGUGACAUGGACACUAGAGUGGUUACAUAUGAACAAGGUGAAUCUCUUGCUAAAGAGCUUGGGUUACCCUUUAUUGAAUCCAGUGCUAAAAAUGAUGAUAAUGUGAAUGAAAUAUUUUUCACUUUGGCUAAAUUGAUUCAAGAAAAGAUUGAUAGUAAUAAAUUGGCUGGUCCAGGAAACGGCAAAGAUGCUAAUAUUAGUAUUAAUGCCAAGGACGGUGGAUCGAAAUCUAAUUGUUGUUAG